AUGACUUCGAUUUCAACAAAAUGGACACCAAAAAAACGUGAUUAUAUAUCCGAAUAUAAACAGUUGAACAAAACUACAAAUGUUACAACAUCUCAUCCUCUUGGUGUUAUUGUUACAAAUAAACCACAAACAAUAACAUCAUCAUCAUCUCCAAUAGUUGAUCCUCUUUCAUUGAAAACAACUCAGGCUGAAAUUGAUCCAUUAUCACGUGCAUUAGCAGCUGCAAUAACAUCAAAAACCGAGUCAACUGAUAAAUAUUUAUCAACAAUAACAGAUACAUUUGAACCAUGGUCAAGUAAAAAAGGUCUUAUUUUAAAUCAAUACAUAACAACAAAAAAAAUUAGUAUGACAACAGCUAUGAAUAAUACUAAUGAUGAUUCGAUCAUUGAUAAUACUAAAAUAACAGAUAUGACAACAACAUCGGAAAGAAUUAAAAGUCGUCUUGAACAAUUAGAUGCAUUCGAAGGUGGACAACAAACACAAACUUUAACACAACAAGAAUAUAUAAAUCGUAUUAAUGAGAUGAGUAAAGAUAUGAGUCAAGCAUGGAAAAAUGACCAACGUGUUAAAACAUUAAAAAUUGCUAUACAAUGUUCUAAAUUAUUAGCUGAUAUGAAUGUUAUGGAAUUUUAUCCAAGUAAAUUUUGUUUAAUUACAGAUGUAAUAGAUACUUUUGGAAAAUUAGUUUACGCACGUUUAUUAGAAAAAAGUGCAUCGUCAACUGGAAAAAUACCUGAUCGUGUUGUACCUGAUCUUAUUCCAGAAACUACACGUGAAACAGCUCGUAAUUGGUUUUAUAAAAUAGCUAUUAUUCGUGAAUUAUUACCACGUAUACUUAUUGAAGCAGCUAUUCUUAAAUGUUAUAAUUUUUUAUCUGCAACUCAUUAUCGAUCAGCUCUUGUACAAUUAGUUAAAAUGUGUCGUGGAAUUGGAGAUCCAUUAGUAGCUGCAUAUACUCGUUGUUAUAUUUGUCGAGUUACAAUUGAUAUUGAUUUUAAAUAUCGUGAACCUAUUGAAAUAGCUUUUACAGAUUUAUGCCAUUCAUUUCAUCAAAUAAGCACAACAACUGUUAAAAAUAUGUAUCAAUCACAAAAAUUAACAACUAGUAUUUAUUUAUCACUUUAUUCACCAGCAUUAGAUUGGAUUGUUCAAUGUUUGUUACAUAAUGGUGGUGUUAUAUUAAAUGCACUUUUAAAUACACUUCCAUCAAGUCAUGUUCGUUCAAAAGUUCAACAAUAUAUUGAAAUGAUUAGUGAAUGUGAUGAACAAUAUUUUCCAAAAAGUAUACUUUAUCGUUCUCUUGGUCUUUCUCUUCUAUUAUCACCACCUGCAUCGACACCAUCUGAUCUUCAGUUAUUAAAUAGUGUUUGGAAAGUAGUUACAAAAUUUAAAGAUCCAUCGACACGAGAAUUGAAUACAAUGUUGGGUGAUAUUAUUAAACAUUUAACACCAGAUCGUGUUUUUGAAGAAUAUUAUGGAAAAUUACAUGCAAUUAUGAUUAAGCUUCUAGCAAAUAUUCAAGAUUUUGCAUCAUUACUUGCUAUGGAUAAAAUAUUACCAUUUCUUGAUUUAUUUCAACGUGAACAUAUUCGAGUAGAUUUAUUUAAAUCAAUUUUAUAUGCAUUUAUUAAUAAAAAUCCACAAGAAAAAACAAAUGAUCCAGUAUUAAUAGCUGCUAUGAUGCAUUGUGCUAAAAGUGUUCAUGAUACACUUGGAGCUUUGACAAAUGAUGAUGAAUUACGUGAAGUUAGUGGACUUUUAUCUUCAUUAAUACGUAAAGUUGAUUAUGGAAAAGAUGUUGAAGAAGAACUUAAAUUUUGUGUUGAAGCUCGUGGUUUAUUUGGUUAUUUAGAUUCAGUGACUAUCACACUUAUACAGAAAGUAAAUACAUUAGCUGUAUCAACACAUCGUAUUGUUAAUGGUGUACAUUCAACUGCAACAUCAUCUUUUAUACGUGCUUGUAUGGCUUUUUGUUAUAUAACAAUUCCAUCAUUAGAACAUCCUUUAAAUAAACUUCAAUUAUAUACAUUAUGUGCACAAACAGCAUAUUUAAAUCAAAGUCUUUCACAAGGUGAUGGUUUUCUUAAAAUGGCUAUAACACUUCUAUCUGAUUUUCCUAAACAAAUUGAAAUUGAUGGAAAAUUAGUAUCAAGUGAUAAAUAUUUAUAUGAAUCAAUUACAAAUAUGAUGUCAACACUUGUUAUUGUACCUGAUAAUCCAGAUGCAGGUGUUUUAUAUCUUGCUCAUGGUUUAAAUAAUGUUAUUAAUCAAAUGAAAUGUUUUGAUGAUACAAGUGAAACACGUGUUAUGCUUUUAAUGAAUAUGUUAUGUCUUAUUUCAACACAAAUUCAAACAUUUUUACCGUAUCAUAUUUCAAAAAUCGAAUCAAAUGAUACCUUAUAUGGUAAUGAUGAAAAUUUUCUUAAUGAAAUUCAUCAAAGAUUAAGUCGUAUUUGUGAACAAAUUAUACAAAUUCUUAAAGAUUUAGCAAAUACAAAUCCCAAACGACAAUCAACAUUAGCACUGGAAUUUUUCAAUCGUUUAAUUGCACAUGGAGAUUUAAAUCAAUCGAAAUGUAUUAAAUUUGCUGUUAAUCUUUGGAAUUUAGCACAAAAAAGUCCAAACCCAGAUGCACAAAAAUUGGCUAAACGUAUUUUAACUCAUAUUGAAGCUCGUUCUGUUCAUGAUCAAUCAUUUAAACGUUUGUCUCAACUUAUUUUAGGUACUACAAAUGAUACAAGUCAAUUAUCAUCUCGGUCAUCAUCAUCAUCAAAUUUUAUGCAGCCACUUAAUACUACUGAUUGA